AUUUUUCUAUACAAAGUUCUCGGUUGAGAGAUGAUUGUAAUAACACUUUUUGGUCAGUAGCCGUCGAGGCAACGCAGGCCAUGGCGCCCACUCGCAUCAAAUUGUGGGUCCAUGUUUGUUUUUUGGCUGCUUUGAUUUUUCACUUACCAAAAGGUGAAACAUCGAGCGAUGUUCAGGCAUCACAGAGUUAUAACUCGAGAAGGUCGUUGAGUCGUCACUCCUUAUUGUCUCUUUUGGAUAACAAUAAUUCGCAAUUGAAGACAUUAGAAAGCCUUGAGGUACGUCAACGUAAACGGCAUAAUAAAAAACGCGACCUCAGUAGAAAUCAUCUAGCUCACCAACGACAUCGUGAUUACAAACACAAAAGCAGAUUAGACCACGAUCGCCACCACAGCUCAUAUUCUCACCAUCAGAACAUUCUUUACCAUAAACUUGCCCCUUAUAUUAGUGAAAAAAAUCUAUUGGCCCUAAAACAACUUUUAAGUGAGAAAAGAGACGAAAGGUAUAAAAAUAGAAAUAAAAGACACCGCAAAAAUAGACAUGAAUAUGAAAACAGACACAAAGACAAGAGACAACGUGACGAUAGACAAAGUUCAAAUGAAUACAGGGAUAAUGAAAGAUAUAGCAUAUAUGAAAAUAGAGACGAUAGAUUAAGUACAUAUGAAAACAGGGAUGACGAUAGACAAAGCACAUAUGAAAACAGGGAUGACGAUAGACAAAGCACAUAUGAAAACAGGAAUGAUGUAUCAAACCGUAAAGAUAGACAACGUGAUAAUAGAGAAAGUUCGUAUGAAAACCAGGAUGAUAAACAAAGUACAUAUGAAAACAGAGAUGAUGUAAAAAGACAUUCAAGACAUCGUGAGAAUAGAGAAAGUACAUAUGAAAAUAGAGACAAUGUAAAAAAAUACAGAUUAAGACAUCGUGAUAAUAGAGAAAGCACAUAUGAGAAUAAAGACGAUGAAAAGCAAAGUACAUAUGAAAACAGGAACGAUGUUGAAAAGCAAAGACCUAGACAUCGUGAUAACAGAGAAAGUACAUAUGAAAACAGAAACGAUGUAAAAAAACAUAGAUCAAGACAUCGCGAAAACAGAGAAAGUACAUAUGAAAAUAGAGAUGAUCUUAAAAGACACAGAUCUAGACAUAGUGAAAAAAGACAAAGUACUUAUGAAAACAGAGAUGAUGAAACUGAACAUCGAUCCCGACAACAUGAAAAUAGACACAGAUCUGGACCACGUGGAGAUAAACAUGGUUCAUAUGAAAACAGAGAUGAUGAGAGCACAUAUGAAACACUAAAUCGUUUACAAAAAAAUAAAAGGCUACGUAUUGUAGCACUUCGAUAUAGAAAUGUUAAUAGAGAUCAAAGACAUAAUGACAGAGAUCGAAGACAAGAUGACAGAGACCGGAGACAUGAAGACAGAGAUCGAAGACAUAGUGACAGAGUUCGAAGACAAGAUGACCGAGACCGGAGACAUAAAGACAGAGAUCGAAGACAAGAUAACAGAGAUCGUAGACACGAUGACAGAGACCGUAGACACGAUGACAGAGACCGUAGACACGAUGACAGAGACCGUAGACAAGAUAACAGAGAUCGGAAACAAGAUGACAGAGACCGUAGCCCUAAUAAGAGACACCAUAAGUCGGAAAGUCGUCAUAGAAAUAAAUAUUUUGACGAAUAUAAGAAAAGAUUUCGUGAUUCAAAUAACGGAUUAAGUUAUACUGUUUAUCCUGGACAAUAUCGAGGAAGUCACAAUAAAAAACAUCGUGAUAAAGUAGAGAAGCGUAUUAGCCGUGGAAAACGAUACAAAAAUUUAAGAGCAGGAUUAGAAGCACUGAGUCAACGCGGUGAAACAGAAUCCCGUAUAAAAAGUUUGAGAGCUAGAUUAAGUAAGAAUCUUAAAAAUAUUGUUGAAUCCCCCGUGAAAAGUCUACUUCGAGCUGCUGACGAUUUGGAUUGCGCCGCACAGCUCGAAUGCAUAAAACAAUGUAUUAAGAAAGAAGAAAAAAAGGUAGAUAAAGUUGAAAAGGAUGAAUGCGCAGAUGUAUGUGAAGAUAAUAUUCAGUGCGAUGACAAAGAGAAAGAAAAAGAAGUAGAAAAAGAAGAAGACGAAGAUGGAGACUUGUGCAAUGAAUCAGGUCAUGACAGUUGCGGAGGAGUUGAAGGGACUGGAAGUACCAAAGGAGAACUACUACAACUAGAUAAUGAACAGGACUGUAAAUAUUUUCAGCAUUCACGUUCGAAGAGGGAUCAGAUUGAUAUUUUUCGAACAGAUGCAAUUGGAGAAACAAGCAUGGUAACCACAUCCAACAAAAUGUGGUUUCAUCUUUGUUUUCUAGCUGUUUUGAUGGUUCACAUACAAAAAGGAGAAACGCAGCUCCAAAUCGCGCGUAGGUCGUUGAGUCGUCACGCCUUGCCGUCGCAUCUGGACGACAACGAUUCACAAUUGAAGACACUGGAAAGUUUAGAGAUACAUCCACAACCACGUCAUCAUAAGAAACGUCAUCAUAGCAGAUAUUAUGAAGAUCAUCAACGACAUCAUAAUUACAAACAAUAUAAAAGCAAUUCAAAUCACCAAUCAAACAGCCUUUACGAUAAACUUGCCCCUUAUAUUAGUGAUAAAAAUCUAUUAGCACUAAAACAAGUUUUAGGUGUUAAAACAGAUGAACGAUCCAGACAUAGAAAUAGGAAAAAUCGUGACAAUAGAUAUUCGUAUGAAAACAGAGAUGAUAGACAAAGUUCAUAUGAAAACAAAGGUGAUAGACAAAGUACAUAUGAAAACAGGGAUGAUAAACAAAGUACUUAUGAAAACCGGAAUGACAGACGAAGUUCAUAUGAAAAUACGAAUGACAGACAAAGUACAUAUGAAAACAGAAAUGAUGGUACUAGACACAAAAACAAAAAACAUCGUGAUGAAAAGCAACGAUCAUAUGAAAACAAGGAUGACGCAGAAAGCACGUAUGAAAACGGAGAUCUUGUGACUAGACAUAGAUCUCGACAUCGUGAUAAUAGACAUAGAUCUAGACAUCUUGAGAAUAGACAAAGUACUUAUGAAAACAGGGACGAUGACAGCACAUAUGAACAACGACUUCGUUUGAAACAAAGAAAAAAGUUGGUUCCUUUGUCACUGCCCUACAAAAAUUAUCAUAGAGACCGAAGGCAUGAUGAAAGAAAACGUAGGAAAGAUGACAGGGACCGAAGACAAGACGAUAGAGAUGAACGAUUGGAUCACCGCGAUAGUGACAGACAUCUUGAUAAAUAUAGUAAAAGAUCCCAUGAACGAAAAGGACAUAACAAAAAAUUCAGGACAGAAGGUCGUAACAGAGGACUGAACCGUGAAAAACGAUACAACAACUUAAGGGCGGGAUUGGAAGAACUGGAUCGACGCGGUGAAAGAGGAUUCGGAUCCCGUUUGAAAUCACUGAGAAAUAGAUUAAAUAGAAAUCUUUUAAAUCUUGAUAGAUCCCCCGUAAGAAGUCUACUUCGAGCUGCUGAUGAUUUAGAUUGCGCAGCCCAGCUCGAAUGCAUACAACAAUGUAUUAAGAAAGAAGAAAAAAAGGUAGAUAAAGUUGAAAAGGAUGAAUGCGCAGAUGUAUGUGAAGAUAAUAUUCAGUGCGACGAUAAAGAAAAAGAGAAAGAAAAAGAAAACGAAGAUGAGGACCUUUGCAAUGAAUCAGGGCACGAUAGUUGCGGAGGACCGGGAGGUACUGGCAGUACCAAGGGAGAACUAGUGCAAGACGACGAAGAAGAAUGUAAAUAAAAAGUUACAACUUUUAAUUUCUGAUGCCAACAAUAAAAAAGUGAGGUCUUAAUUUUAAAUAGUUGUUAAAUAUUAGAAAACAAUGCGCCAUUGUGGCCGGAAAUUUAAGCCGAUAAUAAAAGAACAUCUCAGUUA